AUGGUGGUGACAGGUAAUGAUCUUGAGGAUAUUAAGAAGUUGCAGAGUGCAUUGUCAGCAGAAUUUGAAAUGAAAGACUUAGGGAGUAUGAAAUAUUUAUUGGAAAAUGAAGUCACUAGAGGAAAAGAUUGUAUUAUGUUGAGUCAGAGAAAGUAUGUCCUUGGCUUAUUAACAGAAACAUGUAUGCUCGAUUGCAAACUGGCUGACACACCCAUUGAGCAGAACCAUCGGUUAGCUGAGUAUCCAGAUCAAGUACCCAUGAAUAAGACAAGAUAUCAGAGUGAGGCUCAUAUGGAAGUUGUAGUUCGGAUCUUGAGGUACUUGAAGUCUGCUCCUGGAAAGGGGUUGGUGUUUUCUAAGCAUAGGCAUUUGGAUGUUUUGGGGUAUACAGAUGCAGACUAA